AGGUCCACAACACAACUAUAGAGUCCGCGCAUCAGUCGUCUUCAGAUCCUUACUCCCUCAUUAUUCAUCUUUUGAUUAAUUGAAAUAAUAAUUAUACUUAGAAUAACAAAGGCUCAAAUCAAUUCAAUCUAAUAUAUAUUUAGGGCUCCGAUGUCCUUCACGCACAACUUGAUCCGUUUCCUUCCCUUGUUUUCACUCCUGUUGAUCUUAAUAGCAGCCAGGUCAUAUGGAUCUCCUGGUGGGAAUCGUAAGACUGGGAAGUCAUCAGUAUUUUCGUUGUUUAAUCUUAAAGAGAGGAGUAAGUUCUGGAGUGAAUCUGUCAUACGAAGUGAUUUCGAUGAUAUGAAGACUGCACCUGUUAAAGAAUCAAAUGUUUUUAACUACACCAAGGCAGGGAAUAUCGCCAAUUAUUUACAGAUUUUGGAAGUUGAACAUAUGUAUCUUCCAGUUCCUGUGAAUUUCAUCUUUAUAGGAUUUGAGGGGAGUGGUAAUCAAGCCUUUAAGCUACAUGCUGAUGAACUUGAGCGCUGGUUCACAAAAAUUGAUCAUAUAUUUGAACACACCAGGAUUCCACAAACUGAAGAAGUUCUUGCUCCAUUUUACAAAAACAGGAUAGAUAGAAGUCAUCUUCAGCAUCAUCUUCCUCUUGUCAGUCACAUUAAUUACAACUUCUCGGUUCAAGCUAUCUUGAUGAGCGAUAAAGUCAAUUCCCUUUUUGAGCAUGCUAUUGGUGUCCUAUCUCGUAGGGAUGAUGUUAAUCAUACCAGUGAUGACCGUCUUUGGCAAGUGGAUGUGGAAAUGAUGGAUGUUCUCUUCACCAGCCUUGUGGAAUAUCUUGAACUAGAUAAUGUGUAUAAUAUUUUCAUAAUGAAUCCUAAGCGUGAUGCAAGGAGAGAUAAAUAUGGCUACAGGAGAGGAUUGUCAGAGAGUGAAAUAAAAUUUCUUAAGGAGGAUAAGAGUUUACAAGAAAAAAUACUCCACUCUGGAAGUGUGACAGAAAAUCCUCUUGCUAUAAAAACAACCAAGAGACCCUUGUACGAAAAGCACCCAAUGGCGAAAUUUUCUUGGACAAUAACUGAAGAAACGGACACGGUAGAAUGGUAUAAUAGCUAUCUUAAUGCUUUGAACAAUGUUGAGAGGUUAUACGAAAAGAAAGAUGCGGCUGAUAUUAUUCAAGUGAAAGUUGUUCAGUUGUUGAAUGGAAAAAAUGAGGACAUGAAGGUGCAGUGGACAAAGGAUCUGAAAUCUGGCGAUUUGAGUGGUCUCCAUGCAGAAUGUCUUACAGAUACAUGGAUUGGAAAAGACAGGUGGGCCUUUAUUGAUUUAAGUGCAGGUCCUUUCUCUUGGGGACCUGCUGUGGGUGGAGAAGGUGUGCGUACAGAAGCGAGCUUACCAAAUGUGGAGAAAACUAUUGGUGCAGUUGCAGAAAUUUCAGAAGAAGAGGCUGAAGAUCACUUGCAAGAUGCAAUUCAAGAAAAGUUUGCUGCAUUUGGGGAUAAAGAUCAUCAAGCCAUAGAUAUCCUUUUAGCAGAGAUUGAUAUAUAUGAGCUAUUUGCUUUCAAACAUUGUUGGGGAAGAAGGGCGAAGCUUUCUCUGUGUGAAGAACUUGAAGAAAGAAUGCGGGACUUAAAAACAGAGCUCCAGUCAUUUGAAAAUGAUGAUUCUGUUGAAAGUCAUAAACAGAAGGCUGUAGAUGCUUUAAAACGGAUGGAGAGCUGGAAUCUGUUUAGUGAUAAUUCUUAUGAGUAUGUACAGGAAUUUCACAACUACACAGUUGCACGUGAUACCUUCCUUGCCCAUAUGGGCGCAACAUUAUGGGGAUCUAUGAGGCAUAUUAUAUCACCUUCUAUUGCUGAUGGGGCUUUUCAUCAUUACGAGAAAAUAUCUUUCCAGUUAUUUUUCGUUACACAGGAGAAAGUCAGGAGUGUCAAGCAUUUGCCUGUGGAUAUCAAUGCUAUCCAGGAUGGACUUUCCUCUUUACUGUUACCUUCUCAAAAACCACUGUUCAGUCAACAUAUGUUACCACUUUCUGAGGAUCCUGCUUUGGCAAUGGCCUUUUCUGUAGCUCGAAGAGCUUCUGCUGUACCAAUGUUGCUUGUGAAUGGAACAUUCAGGAGAAAUGUUCGCUCAUAUCUUGAUUCAUCUAUUCUACAGCAUCAGUUGCAGAGACUGGGUGAUCGUGGCUCUCUUAAAGGGUCUCAUGCUCAUAGUAGGUCCACACUUGAAGUACCAAUUUUCUGGUUUAUUCAUGGAGAACCAUUGUUAGUGGACAAACAUUAUCAGGCAAAAGCACUCUCUGAUAUGGUUAUUGUUCUCCAAUCUGAUGCAUCAUCAUGGGAAAGUCAUCUACAAUGCAAUGGGAGAUCCCUGCUGUGGAACUUGAGGAGGCCCAUAAAACCUGCAUUGGCUGCUGUUUCUGAACAUAUUGCCGGGUUGCUUCCCCUUCAUCUUGUCUACAGUCAAGCUCAUGAUACUGCAAUUGAGGACUGGGUAUGGUCUGUUGGAUGCAAUCCAAUGUCAGUCACUUCUCAAGGUUGGCAUAUCUCACAGUUUCAGUCAGAUACAAUUGCACGGAGUUAUAUGCUAACAACUCUUGAGGAGUCUAUACAGCAAGUUAACACAGCAAUUCAACGAUUACUUAUGGAACGUACAUCUGAACAAAGUUUUAAGCCCUUCCUGAUGCAUGAGCGACACUUGGUGGAUAAGUAUAACUAUGUUAUUAACCGGUGGAAAAGAAUAUCUGCAAUUGCUGGAGAUUUACAAUUUGUGGAUGCAUUGAGACUUUUGAGCAGUUUGGAAGAUGCUUCCAAAGGGUUCAUUGAUUAUGUAAAUGUGACGGUAUCCAGCAUGCACCAGAUUCACUGCACCAAACAGAGAAAGGUUAAGGUUGAGUUAGACUUGACCACCAUUCCUGCGUUUUUGGUAGUGUUCGUUGUACUAUGGUUUGUGUUGAAGCCAAGACGACCCAAGGCUAAGAUUAACUGAGCUUUUUUAGGUUGUAGUGACGGCUCGACUUACCUUAUUCUCAUCUGUUGAUACCCAUUUGAAGAGAAAUAGGAUCAUAUACUCCAAUGUAAUUUCCUUUUUCUUAAAACAAUAGAUAAGGAUUUUUUGUUAGUUGUUACAGGAAAUGAUAGUAAUUUCUCCAUAAAAUAUAUCAUCAAUGAGUUGUGAGAACAUUUUUCUUC